AUGCCUCGGAAGGGUGCUAAAGAAGACGAAGAAUGCUUUGCUGAACCUGCUCCACAAAUUUCCUUCUGCGAAUUAGAAAAAUCUAUGACUGCAGUUUCUGGUGACGAUGCAUACGGCGUGGAUACGUUUAUAAAGGAUUUUGAAGAUAUCGCUAAUCUCAUGCAAUGGACGGGCAUUGAAAAACUGAUCUACGCAAAAAGGCUUUUGAAGGGGACAGCAAAAUUGUUCCUGAGAUCUUUGACUGGUACGACUACAUGGGAACUUUUAAAAACGGGAUUAAAAGAGGAAUUUGGACUACAUCUGAACAGCGCAGCUAUUCACAAGACCAUAUCAAAUAGGAAGAUGAAACCAGGUGAAACCUACCAACAAUAUUUUUUGCAACUCAAAGAACUAGCAGUACUCGGAAAUAUUGAAGAUGACGCCCUAAUGGAAUACAUCAUCGAUGGCAUCCCUGACAAUGAAAUGAAUAAAACUAUACUAUAUGGAGCUUCCAACAUCAAAGAAUUUAGGAAAAAACUUGAUUUAUAUGCUGAAAUAAAGAAGAAAUGUCGAACGUCAAACAAAGCUUAUAAUCAAUCAACAACAUCCAAGCCUACAACAUCUGGAUGGAAGAAACCAUUACCUAAGAAGAGAUGUUUCAACUGCGGAGACCUAGAUCAUGAAUCUUCAGGCUGCUCUAAAGGAAUAAAGUGCUUUCGUUGUAAUGACUUUGGACAUAAGUCAACUGACUGUCCCAAAAAUAUAAAGAAGACUCUAGAAAUAAAAUGUAACAAGGAGAAUGAAAGCCAAGCACCCUACAAAGAAGUUAUGAUCAAUAAUGUUAUGGUAAAAUCACUUAUUGACACUGGCAGUGAUGUGAACCUAAUGAAUGAAUCUACAUUUACUCAAAUACAAGGCGACACUUGUAACUACCACCCUGAUUUAGUACAAAGUCUGACAGGCAUUGGUGACUGUGAGGUGCAUACAAGAGGCUCAUGUACUCCGAGAAUUGAGAUUGAUGGUUGCCAAUGUGAAGCAACGUUCUAUAUCAUCGAAGAUGACAAAAUACCAGUUGAUGUAAUAAUAGGGAACCCAAUAUUACAGGACAUAGAACUCAGUUUUAAGUCUGGUGUUAUUUCUGCUAAAAGAAUUUUACAACUCACAAUGUUAGAGGAUCAGACUGAGGAACCAAUGAUUAUAGGAAAUUUCAAAUAUAAAGAUCAGAUUGAGAAAAUACUGACAGAAUAUGACCCUGGAAAAUGUUGUAAAGAAUCCAAAGUUGAAUUAAAGUUAUUACUUACUGAUGAAACCCCAGUGUACCAGAAUCCACGACGUCUAUCACCUUUAGAACUGGAAAUUGUAGAUAAACAAAUUAAGGAAUGGCUAAAGGAUGGUGUAAUUAAACCAAGUAAUUCAGACUUUGCAAGUCCAAUAGUACUGGCAAAAAAGAAGAAUAAAGGAUAUCGACUGUGUGUCGACUAUCGAAAACUAAACAAAAAGAUAAUCAAAGAGAGAUUUCCUCUUCCACUCAUAGAAGACCAGAUAGACAGGUUGAAAGACGCUACAAUGUUUACAACAUUGGACCUGAAAAAUGGAUUUUUUCAUGUUAAUGUUUGCAAGGAGAGCCAGAAGUAUACAUCGUUUGUGACUCCUCGUGCCCAAUUCGAAUUUCAAAAAAUGCCUUUUGGUCUCUCCGUUGGACCCUCUGUGUUCCAGAGAUUUCUUAAUGAUGUAUUUCAGGACCUGAUCUUAGAUGGUGUGGUGUUGACCUAUUUAGAUGAUUUGAUCCUGCCAUUUAAACUUCUUAAAGAAGCAAGACCGCUAACCAACCUUUUGAAAAAAGGUGUUAUUUUCAAUUACGACGAAGAAUGUGAGAAGGCAGUUGAAACCCUCAGAACUAUUCUGUGCCAAUCGCCAGUUUUGCAGAUCUACAAUCAAGACUUAGAAACUGAACUCCACACUGAUGCAAGUGCUGACGGCUAUGGAGCUAUAUUAUUACUGUUGUGUAAACAAGUGUCUGCCAGCGGCAACAAAAUUUUUGCCAUUGUCAGAAUAGACCGUAUGUGGCAGUCCGCGUCGAGCCGUAAACCGAUCGAACGAAGCCAAGAAGCAUUCAGUAGUCAACGCCGAGAGUACUUCAAGAUGUACUGCACGUGUUCAGCCACGUAUGCGGUGGCUCGUAUAGCCAUCGAGGGCCACGGAACCACUGAUCUGCGAUCAGCAGCAAAUCGGCUGGCGUGGCGCCGCGAGAGCACACAUCGGCGGGGUUUGCCCAACAUGACUGUGGAUCCAGUCGAACACGUCAACGAGACUUGA